CGAAUCGGAAUAGUGCACUGGCGAUGAAUCGAUUUAAUCGUGGAAUUUUAAAGUGUGCAAGUUUCAUUUGAAGACAAAUGCUGACAUAUUCUGGCGAAAUAGUUUGGGAAGUGAGAGAAUAAACUCAAGCGAAGACAUAAAUUUCCAACAGCUGUCUAUAGGAAUAGUCAUCGGAAAGUUGUGGAUACCGCAGAAAAAAGUAUAACAGCCCGUAGUGCGUGGUAGCAAAUUUAUGAAUAUAAUAACGACGUGGCCAAGCACACCGAGGUCAGAAGCAUAUAAAAAAUAAAAUAAAAUUUAUGAUAAAUGUUUUGCCAGUUUGGAUAGAUACAAAUUUUGGUACUGGUGUUUCUAGUUCAAGUUCUGUGAUUGUCAUGGAUGAGUGUGCACCAGUGCAGGAAGAAGAAUAGCGAAGAAAUAGCUCGGGUUUUUAUGCUUAAAAAGUGUGUCAUAUUUUAUCGCGCCAAUUUUUUUUUACUGGAAGUUCAUAAAACGCGGGUGAAAUAAUAAAUUUGUUCUCCUAGUUCGCGGAUGCUGCUGCAAUAGCUAUCGUCAAACGAGUUGGAAAUCUACAGUGUAACUUGAAAGAUAAAAAUAAUGAAGCUUGUACGCCAGCAAUAGAUGCAGAAGCUGAUGUACAUGUGUGGUGCUCAUUUGCACUAAUGAAACAAGCGCAGUGCCAUGAAAAGCCAAUAAGUUCGAUUUACCGGAAAAUUUCGUCUCUGAAUAGCCACUGACAAUGCAUCCGACGAGCAAAUCCAACACCUCCGGUGGUGAUAGUCCGUUGGCAGCUAAAGUAUCCAAAAGUGCUGACUCGCGUAGAUCUUCGACAUCGUCCUCGUCCAGUACGGGGAAAACGAAAUCCAGAAAGUGCAAACAAUCGAUGCAGCCAGGUAACGGAACGCAAGGCGCACCAUUAUCAUCGAAUUCAACCAAGCGGCUCAUCAUCGGUAAUUACAAUAAUGAUAUCAAAACCACUGCCAGCACUUUUAAGCCCAAAGAACACGAAGCUGCGGAACUACGGAAAGCGCUUCGGAAUGUGAAUUUUAUGCUGAUCGCGUUGGUGUGCUGCAUUGGAGGGCUCUCCUUAUUCGGUCUGCAGUAUAUCAAUGCUCGACUGGAUCACCCACGCUUGUUGGCCACCCGUGCAGAGGUGGAAGAAAUUGUGGAAAAUUAUCUCAGAAAUAAUAUCGAUAAAUUUAGUGAGGAUUUAAUAGCCAAUGUGAGAGCGUCAGCAGAUUUCAGCUUCAGUAUGCCUUAUCCUGAGGGAAAUCAGAAAGUACAAAACGAACGUAAAUCUUCUGGACAACGUGAAUCCAGAUUCAAGCGGGACCUUAACCUAUUUGACGAUAAUCUGGUGCCGGAUCAAGAAGGACCCAAUGUGGAAUUUUUCAAUCCAAAACUUCGCAGUGAACUGGAGAAGAAAGACGCUGAUAUCAUCAAGAAAACUGGUCUGAAAGGAGCUGCACCGGGUGGUGAUUCUUGGGUCUGGUUAACAAGCUAUUCUCGGAUUCCGUUUGACGCAAUCACCGGCUUCUGUCGAGCAACGAAGGAAUAUUGCCCUCCGGGACCACCAGGCCUACCCGGUAUUCCAGGCCCGAAAGGAAAUCGAGGUGAUGUUGGCCUUCCCGGUCCUGCCGGUAUCGACGGGCGUGAAGGUAAGCCGGGUCCACGUGGCCCCAAAGGGGAAAUCGGAUACCCAGGAAACCCAGGACUGGACGGUAGAGAUGGUGUUCCGGGCGAGCCGGGAUUAGAUGGUGUCCCCGGUAGAGCGGGCGCAGAUGGUAUACCUGGCCGUGAUGGAAAGGAUGGCACGCCUGGUAUUAACGGUCAGAAUGGGAUAGACGGAAAAAACGGAACACCUGGACCAAUGGGACCAAUUGGGCCACCAGGCGUACUCGGACCAAGAGGCCUACACGGACCCCGAGGUAAGCCUGGACGAUCGGGUAUCAACGGUACGCCCGGAACACCCGGUAUCAACGCGUGGAAAAUUAAGGUCAACGAUACGUUUUCCAAUGAGCUGCUCGUACCACCCACGAUAGCCGGAUCGGGCACACCGGAAGCACUCCGUCCCAUAAUAGUUAAGGAGGGCAAUCACCUCAGAUUGCGAUGUGCUGCCACUGGAACGCCUAAACCACACGUCGAAUGGCGCCGAGAGGACGGAAAAACAAUCUCCAAUGGUGCAUGGCAAGCUUCGUCGAUGGCCGGCCACACGCUCAACAUUACCAAAAUCAAUCGAGUGCACAUGGGAGCUUAUCAGUGCUUGGCAGACAACGGAAUUCCACCACCGGCGAACCAGACGUUCAACAUCGAAGUUCAAUUUCCGCCGUUGAUAAGAGUGCGCAACCAAAUGAUCUACGCUGUAAAUGACUCGACGGCUACAUUCGAGUGUGAGGUGGAAGCAUUCCCGGAAGCUGUAAAGUACUGGGAGCGUCAACCUGGAGGUCGUCUGUUAGAACCAGGAGACAAAUUCCAGAUGGAAACACACAAUGACGGAUAUAAAUCAAUAAUGCGGUUAAACAUAACCAACAUUAGGCAAACGGACUUUGGCGAGUACCAUUGUAUUGCCAAGAACGAGCUGGACAUAACGCAAGCAGAGUUUCAUUUGAUGGAACACGCACCCUACAUGAUUCAUCGGCCUGGCGGAAUGGGCGAUACACAAGAAUAUGGCAGACCACCGCCCAAAGUGGAAUCCUACGAGGAUAUCUGUGGGCCGCCAACUAGUUGUCCUGAGUGUCCUGAUCCAAGAGACAUCAAAUGCAAGGACGCGAUUGUUUCAUUGUACGAUUUGGUUGGAAACUUGGAGAUCAAACAGACUGGAAAUGUGAGCUACCCAGGUUUACCAAAUAGAACAACAGAUUGUGUCCUAUACGCCGUUGGAAAGCCUGUGUAUCACAAAUUUACCGAACAAAACUACGGUGCAUGGCUGAAGGAUGCUGCUCCGAGGAAUGAUGCGGUUGAGAAGAAGAUAUGGGCCACGCGGGAAAACGACACGAUUCGUCUGUACGAAUUCGCCAACAAAACCACGUACCGAAACAAUGUGGCCACCAAGACAUAUCGGCUGGACAAGCCAUUCCGGGGCAACGCUCACGUGGUCUUCAACGGGUCAUUCUACUACAACGAGCGGAACUCGCCACGAAUCAUCAAAUAUGACCUCAACCUGGAACGGCAGACCGCGGUCAAGGAGAUAGAGGGUGUUGCAACGAAUGGGUCCAAUUAUCUAUACACGACCGAGUUCAACUACAUGGACUUUAACGUGGACGACAAUGGCCUGUGGGUCAUCUACUCUACACCCGAUUCCAAUAACACCAUCGUUGCCAAGCUCAACGAAUACAACCUAGAUAUUCAGUUUAGUUGGAAUAUAAGCGUGAACCAUCACAAGGUGGGCGAGAUGUUCAUCGUUUGCGGUGUGCUCUAUGCAAUUGAUUCCGUAACUGAGCGAAACACGAAAAUCAGACUGGCUUUGGACAUGUAUCACAGCAAACUGCUUGAUGUCAGUCUUACCUUCACCAAUCCGUUCCGGAAAACGACUACAGUGGGCUACAAUCCUAAAAAUAAGGAACUGUACACCUGGGAUCGAGGCAAUCAGUUGACCUACCCGAUACGGUAUCACGUUAAUGACUACAACAGUACGGCCACCGACAAGACAGAAGACGCUCUCAAUCCCCAGAUGCAAACGGGUUAUGACAUUUUUCACGAUCAUGAUAAUGGUAACGAUGCUGGCCGUUAGAAACUGGAUGGUUCUACUAUAGUGGGUGUAAAUAUAGUUGGAAAAAGCUAAUGAGAUUCAUACCUAUGGUGUGAUUCCAUAGAGCAACCUUAUAUUUGUUUGUCUUUCUACAAUUAAAAGAUGCUUUCCUAACAAUUGAUGGUAAUUUACGAUGAGGGAUGCGCCUUCAUAAUGAUUUUCUCUGUUGUGACGUAAAACAAAGUAAAUGUAGUAUUAGCAAUGUCCGAAGUCAACUCUAUUUU